GACCGGCCUGUUGAGAGGACUGUUGCACAGCAGGCGAAAGCUAGAAAAGAGAAAACAGAGAGAGAGAGAGAGAGAGAGAGUAGCAGAAUGGCUUCUUCUACGACGCGGCAGAGACGGCCAGUGCCGUCGGAUCUUUCUUCAUCGUCGUCGUCUACGUCGUACACGAAGCUCGACAAGCCGGAGAGAUCGGACGGCGGAGACGAGGUGGACAGGGGAUUGGGGUGGACUUUCCCACUGUUGGCCCUAGGUGUGCUAAGGUACAUGAGCGCUACAUCGAACAUCAUACAUGAUUGCGACGAGGUCUUCAACUAUUGGGAGCCUCUUCACUAUCUCAUCUACAAAUCUGGCUUCCAGACUUGGGAAUACAGCUCCCAGUUUGCACUUCGCUCAUACCUAUACCUUCUUUUUCAUAAAGUAGUCGGUGGACCAGCUUCAUUGUUGUUUAGUGAGGAAAAAGUGAGAGUGUUUUAUGCUGUAAGAAUCUUUCUUGGUCUCCUCUCUGUCAUCACAGAGGCUGCUCUGGUUGUAGCUCUUUCUAGGAAAUAUGGAAAACGCCUUGCUACUUAUGCACUUGCAAUGCUAUGCUUAACUAGUGGUUGUUUUUUUGCUAGCACGAGUUUAUUGCCGAGUUCAUUCUCAAUGUACGCCAUAUCUCUCUCAUCUGCUCUAUUUCUCUUUGAGAAACCUGCCAUGGCAGUUGCAGUUGCAGUCAUCGGGGUUAUUCUCGGCUGGCCAUUCUCAGUUUUGGCUUUUUUUCCCAUAACAAUUUACUCAUUGAUUAGAAAGUUCAAACAAGCAUUUCUUGCAGGGGCAGUCACAUCACUUUUGCUUCUGGCACUCUCAUUACUUGUUGACUACUACCAUUACAAGAGAUGGACGUCAUCUGUUCUGAAUCUGUUGAUAUAUAAUGUCUUAGGGGGUGGUGAGAGCCACUUGUAUGGAACUGAAGGGCCAUUGUUUUAUCUGAAGAAUGGAUUUAAUAAUUUCAACUUCUGCUUUGUUCUUGCAUUGCUGUUCCUUGGGAUCCUGCCCAUUGCAAAGAAGAAGUAUGUUCCAGACUUGUUGGUUGUCAUCUCACCUAUCUAUAUUUGGCUGGCAUUUAUGUCUCUGCAGCCACACAAAGAAGAAAGAUUCCUUUAUCCAAUAUACCCACUUAUCUGUGUAGCUGCCUCAGCUGUCAUUGAGAUCUUUCCUGAUUUUUUCCGAGACAAGUACAAUCCCAAUCAUAAUUAUGUGCUUGUUAUGAUAGCGAAAGGUUUGAGACCUUUGGUUCUGGGCCUCAUAUUAUAUUCUUCCCAUGCUCGGACUUUCUCCCUUAUUCAUGGUUAUUCUGCUCCUAUGGAAAUUUACAAACAUUUGGAGUACCAUGAUGAUGUAGGGACGGGUUCCGUGGUUUGUGUUGGAAGUGAAUGGCACCGCUUCCCAUCAUCAUUCUUCAUUCCUGAUCACGUGGGUCAAGUUCGAUGGAUAGAUGACGGGUUCAAGGGUCUUCUUCCAUUCCCAUUUAAUUCAACUUUGGGCGGAACUGCAGCGGCACCACCAUAUUUUAACAAUAAGAACAAGGCAUCAGAUGAGCAAUAUCUCCGGGAUCUUGAAAAGUGUACUUUUUUCAUUGAGUUGCAGCUUCAACGACCUUACCCUUCUCGAGGAAGUGAUUUGUCAACAUGGGAGAUUGUAGCUGCAUUACCGUAUCUGGACAGGCAGCUCUCGCCUCCCUUUUACCGGUCAUUCUUCAUCCCAUACCUGUGGCAGCAUAAGAAUGUUUUUGGCACAUACAGGCUACUUAAGAGAAUUCCAAAAUGACACAAUAUGCAGGUGUGUGUUCUUUUUUGUUUCGAAAAAGUGUUUGAAUCUGUAUUUUAACAGUCAGUGAUGAUCCUAGGUUCAAUUCAGUGACCCGAGUUGCGUAGUGAAAUUAGAACUAUUCUGAGUUGAAACAGUUUUGUACAAGAUUUGGGAUUAAGUUGGUUUUACUAAUUAAUUGAUCCUCUUGGAUAGUUAAUUAUCUGAGUUUA